GUUUUCAGCGCGCAGCGCCCAAGUGAAGUUCGUGGCAGCGCAUAAAAUUCUGCAGGAAGGAAAACCACCACCACCACCGCCGCACCACAACAACCAUUCAGAGAGCCAGCCAACAAAAUAGGAAAACAAAUCCUCAACCACAACAAAGACAAAACUGAUUUUCGGUGCAUUGCUCUGCGAUUCGCGUGGCAGAAGGAAUCCUCUUUCGUGUGCAGUGAAGCGCGGCUUUUAUUUUCGACAAUUAUAAGCUGCCCCGCUACCCCAUUCCGCCCCCAAAGACGACAUCGAGAGUGUGCUGUUAGCGUUGCCCCAUCGUCAGGAAACCAUAGCCACAGCACAGCCCCAGAGGAGGACAGGCCGGGAGGACAACGCGUGAGAUGUUCAUUGCAGCAGCCGCCUGGAGCUGCACUGCUGCUUCAUGGCGCCUGCUGAGCGCCGGACUGCUGGCCCUCUGCCUGCUCCAGCUGGCCGCUGAGACGGGUGCCGGAUCGAGCGGCGGAUUGGGCAAUCAGGCCGUGUUCACCAGCUCGUUCCUGGUGCGCUUCCGGCGCAACGUUGACAAUGACUUCGCCCACCAGGUGGCCGACAAAUAUGGUUUCGACAAUCUCGGGCCGCUGGUCGGCGCCGACGGACACGAGUAUCAUUUCAAGCACCGGACCCUGCCGCACGCCCGCUCCAGACGCAGCUUGACGCACACGCGUGCCCUCAAGAGCCAUCCCUCGGUACACACGGCUGUGCAACAACCCGGAUUCAAGCGCGUCAAGCGGGGGCUGCGACCGGCAGUGCCUGCCAUUCAUGGCAUGAAAUUCGAUUUGAAGCAGGGGGAGGCGAACGCCAACCGCAUCGAGGAGGAGCCCACGGACCCCUACUUCCCCAUGCAAUGGUACCUGAAGAACACCGGCCAGAACGGGGGCAAGGUGCGACUCGAUCUGAAUGUGCAGGCGGCCUGGGCCCAGGGCAUCACCGGCAAGAAUGUGACCACAGCAAUCAUGGAUGACGGCGUGGACUAUAUGCAUCCGGACCUCAAAUUUAAUUAUAAUGCCGAGGCCAGCUAUGACUUCAGCAGCAAUGAUCCCUUCCCCUAUCCACGCUACACUGACGACUGGUUCAACAGUCAUGGAACCCGUUGUGCCGGCGAGGUGGCUGCUGCCAGAGAUAAUGGAAUUUGCGGUGUCGGCGUUGCUUAUGACAGCAAAAUCGCAGGCAUACGCAUGCUGGAUCAGCCGUAUAUGACGGAUCUAAUCGAGGCCAACUCCAUGGGCCAUGAGCCGCACAAAAUCCACAUAUACAGCGCCUCCUGGGGCCCCACGGACGAUGGCAAGACGGUGGACGGUCCCCGGAAUGCCACCAUGAGGGCGAUUGUCCAGGGCGUCAAUGAGGGUCGAAAUGGACUGGGCAACAUCUAUGUCUGGGCAUCGGGCGAUGGCGGCGAGGAGGAUGACUGCAACUGUGACGGCUAUGCCGCCUCCAUGUGGACGAUUUCCAUUAACAGCGCCAUUAACGACGGCCAGAACGCUCACUACGACGAGAGCUGCAGCUCCACGCUGGCAUCCACGUUCAGCAACGGUGCCAAGGACCCCAACACGGGCGUUGCCACCACUGACCUGUACGGCAAGUGCACGACCACUCACUCGGGCACCAGUGCGGCGGCGCCCGAAGCAGCGGGCGUCUUUGCGUUGGCCUUGGAGGCAAAUCCACAACUCACUUGGCGCGACAUCCAGCAUCUGACGGUGCUGACAUCGAAGCGCAACUCUCUGUUCGAUGCCAAGAACCGCUUCCACUGGACAAUGAACGGCGUGGGUCUGGAGUUCAACCACCUCUUCGGGUUCGGCGUGCUCGAUGCUGGUGCCAUGGUGACGCUCUCCAAGCAGUGGCAUGCAGUGCCACCGCGAUACCAUUGCGAGGCGGGCGCGAUAACCCAAUCGCAGGCAAUUAUCAUGGGUCGCUCACUGUUCUGGGAAAUUAAGACCGAUGCCUGCAAGGGCACUGACACAGAGGUGAACUACUUGGAGCACGUUCAGGCGGUGAUCUCGGCAAAUACUUCGCGACGCGGCGACCUGGAGCUCUUCCUCACAUCCCCCAUGGGCACCAAAUCCAUGAUCCUGUCGCGCCGCGCCAACGAUGAUGACCAUCGCGAUGGCUUCACCAAAUGGCCCUUCAUGACCACUCACUCCUGGGGCGAGUAUCCGCAGGGAACCUGGAAACUGGAGGCACGUUUCAAUUCCCCCCAAACCCGUCAUGGUAAUCUGCUGGAAUGGUCUCUCGUUCUGCAUGGCACCAAGGAGGCGCCCUACCGCACUCUGCACCCAUCCUCGCCGCACUCCAAGCUGGCCAUCGUGAAGAAGGCCCACGAGGACAAGAAGAUGAAGUAGGGCGGUUCUGGUUAUCCAGCCGGCAGGUCCGUACCGACGACGGCCAUUAGGCAGCUUGGCGUUUUAUCAACGAGUGUAGAGAGGCGGAGAGAGGGAGGGAGAGAGGUUCAAUAAAAGUGCUGGCUGUGUUUUAUUUUGGUAUAGGAUUGAUUGAGAUUAAACUAUUGAUUUCUUUGCGUAUCUCUAAUUUAAUUUGUCUUCAAAUUCUGGCCGUUUGCGAGUUUGCUUUGCUGAACUGAAAGUUCAUGUUUCAAUUGAAAGUCUUUAAUGUUUUCGAUCUGUUUACAUUAGUUAAUUGAUACUUCUAUAUAUAUUUCACUGUCCAUUCAAUAUUUCUGGAACUUGCAAAGCGCACAUUAGAAAAUCUAUUAAAUAUACUAGGCUCAAGCAGAAGAUCAGAGAGCAACUCCUUCUUGAAUAUCAGAGAGACAAGCCACAAUGAGAAACAGGUAUAGCAGUAUAUAAUAUAGCAGAAUAUAUAUAUACAUAGCUGAGCGAUCGAGGAAGUAGUAGAAGGGGUAUAUAGCAUAAUAAAACGAAACGAAAACCCUAUGUAAAUGUGUAAUAUCUAUGUGUAUACAUACAUACAUAAACUUAACUAACUCUAGCUGUGUCCUAUGCCGUUAGACUCCUUCCUAUAUUUAUCUAGUAUGAAAUACGAGUGUUUACACAUAUUUUAAAGCUACGUAUUUUAUUUUUCCAUAACGUAUAUACAUAUAUACAUACAUACAUAUAUAUACCCACACGCAUAUACAUAUUUACCUAAAGAUCUAUCUAAAUCUUAGCGAAAACAUAAAAUGUUAAUCCCAGUAAUCAGGCCAGCAGAACAAGUUUGUUGCCGCUUCGAUUCGCCGAUUCGGUUGCAACUUCCAUGCCGGAUGAUUCUGAUUUCCUUUCGGAGCUCGCACGUGUGAGAUGCAUUUACAUACAUAGUUUUCCUUUCAGUUUCUUUCGGGGGCCAAAACCAAAACCAAAACUAAAAACCAAAACCAAAACAAGCAUACAUAAUGAUAUAAUAUUACGAGUAAAAAAAGUAACAACACGAGACACGAUACACGAUAAACGAUAAACGAUAUAUGAUGAAGAGAUCACAAAACGAUUGUAACGUUGAACGGAGCGAUGGUUAAGCAGAGGUA